GGCUGAGCGCUUGCCGGGUGUCAUGGCGGCCUGCAGGCCUUGCUGCUCGUGCCUCCGGCUCCGGCCACUGGGCCAUGGUCCCCUCCGUCUGCCAGGGCUGGGUCGGACACUCACCCAGUUGCAGGUGCGAGCACUAGGGGGUGGCGCGGGGUCGCGAACCGUGGCCGUGGACCUAGGCAGCAGAAAAUUAGAAAUAUCCUCUGGAAAACUGGCCAGAUUUGCAGAUGGCUCUGCUAUAGUACAGUCAGGUGACACUGCAGUGAUGGUCACAGCGGUCAGUAAAACAAAACCUUCACCUUCCCAGUUCAUGCCUUUGGUGGUUGACUAUAGACAGAAGGCUGCUGCAGCAGGUAGAAUUCCCACAAACUAUCUUAGAAGAGAGAUUGGAUCUUCUGAUAAAGAAAUUCUUACAAGUCGAGUAAUAGAUCGUUCAAUUAGACCUCUCUUUCCAGCAGGCUACUUUUAUGAUACACAGAUCCUUUGCAAUCUGUUAGCAGUAGAUGGUGUUAAUGAACCUGAUGUCCUAGCAAUUAAUGGUGCUUCUGUAGCCCUCUCAUUAUCAGAUAUUCCUUGGAAUGGACCUAUUGGGGCAGUACGAAUAGGAAUGAUUGAUGGAGAAUGUGUUGUUAACCCAACACGAAAAGAAAUGUCUUCCAGUACUUUAAAUUUAGUGGUUACUGGAGCACCUAAAAGUCAGAUUGUCAUGUUGGAAGCCUCUGCAGAGAAUAUUUUACAGCAGGACUUUUGCCAUGCUAUCAAAGUGGGAGUAAAAUAUACACAACAAAUAAUUCAGGGCAUCCAGCAGUUGGUAAAAGAAAUUGGUGUUGCCAAGAGGACACCUCAGAAGUUAUUUGUCCCUUUGCCAGAGAUUGUGAAACACGCUCAUAAACUCGCCAUGGAAAAACUCUACGCAGUUUUUACAGAUCAUGAACAUGAUAAAAUUUCCAGAGAUGAAGCCGUUAACAAGAUUAGAUUAGAUACAGAGGAACAACUAAAAGAAAAAUUUCCAGAAGUUGAUUCCUAUGAAAUAAUAGAAUCCUUCAAUGUUGCUGCAAAGGAUGUUUUUAGAAGUAUUAUUUUGAAUGAAUACAAAAGGUGUGAUGGUCGAGAUUUGACUUCACUUAGGAAUAUAAAUUGUGAGGUAGAUAUGUUUAAAAUUCUUCAUGGAUCAUCAUUAUUUCAAAGGGGACAAACACAGGUGCUUUGUACUGUUACAUUUGAUUCAUUAGAAUCCAGCAUUAAGUCAGACCGAAUUAUAACAGCUAUAAAUGGGAUAAAAGAUAAAAAUUUCAUGCUUCACUAUGAGUUUCCUCCCUACGCAACUAAUGAAAUUGGCAAAGUCACUGGUGUAAAUAGAAGAGAACUUGGGCACGGUGCGCUUGCUGAGAGAGCUUUGUAUCCUGUUAUUCCUAAAGAUUUUCCUUUCACCAUAAGAGUCACAUCUGAAGUACUAGAGUCAAAUGGAUCAUCUUCUAUGGCAUCUGCAUGUGGUGGAAGUUUAGCUUUAAUGGAUGCAGGAGUUCCAAUUUCAUCUGCUGUCGCAGGUGUGGCAAUAGGAUUGGUCACCAAAAACAAUACUGACAAGGGUGAAAUAGAAGAUUAUCGUUUGCUGACAGAUAUUCUGGGGAUUGAAGAUUACCAUGGUGACAUGGAUUUCAAGAUAGCCGGCACUACUAAGGGAAUAACUGCAUUACAGGCUGACAUUAAAUUACCUGGAAUACCAAUAAAAAUUGUAAUGGAGGCCAUUCAGCAAGCCUCAGCGGCAAAGAAGGAGAUAUUACAGAUUAUGAACAAAACUAUUUCAAAACCUCGAGCAUCUAGAAAAGAAAAUGGACCUGUUGUAGAAACUGUUCAGGUUCCACUAUCAAAACGAGCAAAAUUUAUUGGACCAGGUGGAUAUCAUUUAAAAAAACUUCAGGCUGAAACAGGAGUAACUAUUAGUCAGGUGGACGAAGAAACAUUUUCUAUAUUUGCACCAACACCCAGUGCCAUGCAUGAAGCAAGAGACUUCAUUACCGAAAUCUGCAAAGAUGAUCAAGAGCAGCAAUUAGAAUUUGGAGCAGUAUAUACCGCCACAAUAACUGAAAUCAGAGACACUGGAGUAAUGGUUAAACUAUAUCCAAAUAUGACUGCAGUACUACUUCAUAACACACAACUUGAUCAACGGAAGAUUAAACAUCCCACUGCUUUAGGAUUAGAAGUUGGCCAAGAAAUUCAGGUGAAAUACUUUGGACGUGACCCAGCUGAUGGAAGAAUGAGGCUUUCUCGUAAAGUGCUCCAGUCUCCAGCUACAACUGUUGUCAAAACUUUAAAUGACAGAAGCAGUAUUGUAAUGGGAGAAUCUGUUUCACAGUCAUCAUUUAAUUCUUCCCGGUGACUUUUUUUUUUAAGAAUUCUAGAGUGAUAUUCUGUAUAGCAAAAUUUCAGUAGUAUCUUCUAAUGUGUAGAUUUAUAUAUAAUAUAAAUGUAUUCUAAUGAUUUAUAUUAAAAUGCUCACUUUA